UUAGAUAUAGUAGUUCAAGAUUUUAAGUCAUUGCUAAAGUUUGCCCUCCACUUGAACAGGAACUGCUUUUCUGAUAUUUGCUCCAGAGUGAGCUGCAACACUAUGACAAUCUGUUUUCUGGAUUAGGCUGUUCCAGGAUAUGGUCCGGCCCUCUGGGCAUGGUCCAUUUGGAACUUAUGCUUAUCUGCACUGGGCACCGUGCCCUCCAUCCAGUGCCACUGUGGCUAGCUAAACCCCAACAGCUCAGUCACGAACAAUGGACUGGACCAGCAAUGUGCUGACUCCUGGCCCGACCCACAGGCCCAGCAGCCUAACAGCACCAGCAUGUAUAAAUAGGUCCAUUUGGUGCGGGGUCAGGGCACUGUUUUUCUGGAGCCCCGUGUGAGCACUGAACAGCUAUUCUUUGGGACGGUCAGGUGAAUCAACGCUGAGAUACGCAGUAGCAUGGCUCUGAAUAAUCCCACCCCACUGGGACCAUGGAAGUGUGCGCGUGCGACGUGUGCACACUACAUGUAUGCAUUCGUUUCCACACCCAGAUCACCGUGUAUGACCAGGAGAAUUUCCAGGGCAAGCGUCUGGAGUUUACCUCCGCCUGCCAGAACAUCAUGGAGAGUGGCGUUGACAACAUCCGCUCCCUCAAGGUGGAGUGUGGAGCCCUUCUUUUCAAAGAUCCCAGUGAUCCGCUGGUGCUGAGUACAUUUAGUAGCGUGCGUGUCGUUGACAGCUGGACAGGAUAUGAGCACUCCAGCUUUUGUGGACAGCAGUUCGUGUUGGAGAGAGGAGAGUACCCUCACUGGGAGUCGUGGAGCGGCAGCAACGCCUACCACAUCGAGAGGAUGAUGUCCUUCCGGCCCAUCUGCUCUGCUAACCACAAGGAGUCCAAGAUGGUGUUGUUCGAAGGGGAGAACUUCAUGGGACGGCAGUGGGAGAUAAAUGAUGACUACCCCUCUCUGCAGGCCAUGGGCUGGAGCAACAACGAGAUUGGAUCCAUGCAGAUUCAGGGUGGCGCCUGGGUGUGCUACCAGUUUCCAGGUUACCGUGGUUACCAGUACAUCAUGGAAUGCGACCGCCAUGGUGGCGAGUACAAACAUUACAGAGAGUGGGGCUCCCAUGCACAGUCCUUCCAGGUGCAGUCACUGCGUCGGAUCCAGCAAUGAGCCCGGCGGACACCCCCCCCCCCACCCCCAUCCUCUUACUUUAGCUCUUCCACAUGCCCCUACC